GGCAAAUUAAUAUAAUGAAGCAAUAAGCUGGAUAACAUUUUGAAUAUUUAAAACUUAUAUUAAUAUGUCACUAAUACUUUUUUAACAACUGUCUCAGUUUAAACAUUUAUCCAAGAGUAUACAAAGCUAUUCAAUUGUAGCACAUAUUUUAAAUAAAAUCAAAGGCCCCUCCCCCUGUUUUCAAAGUCUUUUUAAGAAGUACAAUACUCAGGACUGGAGUAGGUGAUGUGCUGAAACCCCAAAAUGGCAUUAAUUCAGUAUGCAGACUAGCAAAAGUGCUAAUUAUUUUGCAGGAGUCUGGUUGAAAAUGGAGUAUUUAAAUUUAAAUUCUGAGCAUGUAUAUGGUAUGAAACAAUCGAGAAACUUUACAAGAAACCAUCCUACUCUAUGGUAGUGCAUAGAAAUGACUGCCAGAACCUUCUGCCAUGUUUCACUCUUGGCAGUCUAUUCCUGUGGCCUUUGACAACAAGUAUAUUUUUCUUAUAGUCUUUAUUAUUGCGUAGAGAAAAUGGUAUUCUUUGUUUACAGCAAAAUGGGUCAGUAUGCAAGUAUUUUCAUCACCCCUGCAAACAAAGCUGUGAGCAAGAACACCCAUCCAAGAAAACCCAACUGGAUUACUGCACAUGCCAUAGCUUCAGAAUUAAGUAUAGCGGAGGUUGAGCGUCUGUGGGUGCGUUUCCAGCAGUUGGGAUGCAACCCAGAUGGAGAACUCACAGACAGCACCAUCAUGAAGGCAGACUACAGCCAGGAUGUUUUCAUGAAAAAUAUUUUGAAGAAGUACAUGGAGGGCAACACAAAGAAGGUCACAUUUGAAAAUUUCCUUAGAGCACUGAAAUGGGUUGAGCAGUCUACUAUUGAUGAAAAAAUCAGAGCCAUGUACCACUUCCUUGGUAAUGGCCAGCCACUCACACCAGACCUCAUGGUAAAAAUCUUAGAGAGAGUUUAUCCACAGGAUAAGGGGGAACCAAUCAAAAAAAUUGUGGAGAUUUUAUUCCAAGUGAUGGACACAGAUGGUAAAAAGGCGCUAGAUGAGGAGAAGUUUCUCCGAGGAGUUCGGAAGAUCCCGCCCCAGGUACUUGACCAGUACCUGACCUUCCAGAUACUGCCAGACGAAAUGAAGGAACGACUUCAUAAGAACCUACAAGAGUUCAGGUCAGAGAGCCAGAUAGCAGGACCAUCAAAUGCCCCCCAAAACAGAACUCCAAUGAAUGCACGUCGGGCAAAGCAGGUUGUCCCGGACCAAGCAUGCCGAGAAGUGUCAGAGAAAAUCUUCAAGAAGGACUGGCUUAGAGUGGCUAAUAAGCUGGGCUUCUUUACCCAGGAUGUUCAAGAAAUACAGAGUGCCUACCCCAACAAUGCACAACAUCAGGUGUACCAGAUGUUGAAGCAGUGGAAGGAGCGAGAUGGAGACGAGGCCACACUGGAAGUCCUGGAGAAGGCUCUCGCGGACUGUGGCAUGCACGACGCUGCCAUCAUCCUCACCAGCUACUGAUUACAUCAUUUUCUCAGCUACUGAGUGUUGUCCAAAGCUCUAGCUUAUAGAAAUGCUAAGGACUAUGGCACAUGGCACUACCAAUCAUUCUCACCAGCUACUGAAUGUCAGCCACCGAGACUUGCAUCACCAGGCACUGUCAGUCACUAUGACCACUGUCACUCAAGUUUCUUGAAUAUUUAAGUAAAUGCACUCACAUCUGAGAUCCUCUUAUCUGUCACAAAAGCUGUCAUCAUUAUCUUCCAUAGGUCUUGUUAAAGGCUGCGCCUGUGACAAGUAAUGUCCCUUAGUGACUGUUGAAGAUGAAAAGAUUAGAUCACUGAAAACUGAAACAGAUUUUCUACCAAACUGAAUGACCAAUUCAUUGUCAAAUAUCUAGAUUGCAGAAAUGUUUGUAUGUCAUUCGCAUAUAUUUGUAUUGAUGUGAAAACUGAUGUGACUGAUGUGUUGAAAUUUAAUUUACCGUUAUCAAUUAUUUGUUUACAAUGUAUGGAGUAUUUUGUUGUAUAGCGUUAUUACUGUUGCCUCUUCUGAUCUACCUCAUUUGUGUUAUGAUCAUAAGACACUGGUUGAAGACCCAGGUAACUGCCUGUUCUCUCACCCUGUGUGUGUGUGUGUGUGUAAGCUUAUUUAUACUCACACUCAGGGAAGGCCCAUUCAGCGAGUGCUUUGAUAAGAUUUGAUAGUCAUUUGGGAGCAUAGUGCACAGACAGAAUGGCAUGAAGCAAGACAUUAAAUGUCAAUCUUUGUUAAACUGAAUUAUGUUGAAUUUGUAUGUUUAUAAUGAUGUCAAACAUCUGGAUUUUUAAAUAAAGUU